AUGCUUUAUUUUGAUAACAAUUCGCCCAAAGAAAAAAAAAAAAAAGAAAAAGAAGAACAGACUUCUAAAGAAACAUUCGACGAAGAAGAAAAAAUAUACCGCAAUGAUAAUAUAUUCAGGGUACGGGAAUAUUCUAUGAAAAUGAUUUUAUUCCUAAUUAUUUUAUUAUGGACAGCUACAAUUUUUAUUAGAGAGAUUGGCCAUUUAGCUACUAUUGGUAGAUAUAAGGACACUGACCUUUCAAUAUCAAACAAAAGUUACAAAAGUUCUAAUUCCAAUAUCGGAAGUUUAGAAAAAAUUAAUUUUCAAAAUGUUCGUUCUAAAGCUUUCACCCCUCAAUACAAGACUUUACAAUGGUUGGUUACUGAGGAUUCUAUUUAUAAUGAUGAGGGAUUAUUUGUAACAUUUGAAAAUGAUAAAUAUUUAGUUAAAUCUGUUUUUAAUAGCUCCUAUGCAAAGAUUUUAUUAAAUGGGAAAUAUUUUGUAUUUGAGGGAACAAAUAUAACGAUUGAUUCUUUUAUAGCCUCGCCCGAUUUAUCCAAAGUUAUUAUUAGAUCAGACACUGUCAAAAACUGGAGACAUUCGUCAUUUGGUACCUAUUAUUUAUAUGACAUUUCUCAUGAUUUUUUCAGUAAAAUUGGAGAAAAUAUCGCGGUCGCCCACUGGUCCCCAGACUCCCAAUACAUUGCAUAUAUAUUGGCCAACAAUUUGUAUGUGUACUCUAGCAAAGAGCGUAAGACCAUUAAACAAGUCACAACCGACGGUAGCGAAUUAAUUUUCAAUGGAAAACCGGACUGGGUUUAUGAAGAAGAAGUCAUCACUGAUGAUUAUGCAUUUUGGUGGUCUCCAAACAGCAGAUACAUUGUUUUUUUUAAAAUUAAUGAAACUGAAGUUAAGGAGUUUCCGAUUCCAUACUAUGCACAAAAUGAUGGGCAUGAUUUAUACCCGGAACUUCGUGUUUUAAAAUAUCCUAAACCAGGCACUCCGAACCCUGUCGUUGAAUUGGACACUUUUGAUUUAUAUAAUGGGGAGCUACACUCAUUUGAAUUACCUGAUUCCUCCUAUAUUAUUUCUGAAGUAGUUUGGGUCGGUGAUGAUAAGAUUUUGGCAAAGGCCACUAAUCGUGGAUUUGAUAAUUUGUUCGUUUAUCUAAUCGACGCCUCUGACAAUAAUUCAUUCACAGUGGUCAGGCAGGAAAAUUCUGGUGAAGGAUGGCAUGAAAUUGGCCAAAAUGUUAAAUUUAUACCCAGGAAUGAUACUUUAGGAAGAGUUGCAGAUGGCUACAUAGACAUCAAACCCAUUAACGGCUUCAAUCAUUUAGUCUAUGCUCCAGUCGCAAAUUCUUCUGAGCUAAUUACCUUGACCAGUGGUGAAUGGGAGGUUGUCGACGGCUACGUGUCUUUUGAUUAUUCUAAUAAUGAUAUCUAUUUUGUAGCCUCAAAGAAAUCUUCUAUCGAAAGACAUUUGUACCUAGUCAACCUCUUUAAGCCCUGUCAAAUAAUUGAAUUAACGGACACCUCUAAAGACGGUUGGUAUACUACCUCUUUCUCUGCGGGUGGAAAAUUUGCAUUGUUAACAUACGGAGGUCCAACUGUUCCUUAUCAAAAAAUUAUUAACUUUCGCUCUGAUCGUAAGGAUGACCGUGUUCAAGGAAAUAUCAGGGGAGAAACUUUGUACUAUCUAGAAAAAAAUGCUAACUUAACUGAAACUUUAAAGAGGUUUGAUAUUCCCGAAAAAAAAUUUGGCGAAUUAAAUUUGGGUCAAGACAAAAAAAAUGAUGGUGAUGUUAUUGUUAAUUAUUAUGAAGUUUUACCAAACAAUUUUAAUCCAGCCUUAUAUGAUUAUUAUCCUGUAUUGUUUUUCCCAUAUGGUGGACCAAAUUCUCAGCAAGUUACUAAAACUUUUUCUAUAGGAUUUAACCAAAUCAUUGCCUCGCAGCUAAAUGCUAUUGUAGUUGUUGUUGAUGGAAGAGGUACUGGUUUCAAAGGAAAAAAAUUCAGGUCAGUUGUCCGUGAUAAUUUGGGCUAUUAUGAAGCAAUAGAUCAAAUCAAUGCCGCCAAACAUUACGCUUCGUUACCUUACGUAAAUAAAGAAAAAAUAGCUAUUUGGGGUUGGUCCUACGGUGGUUAUUUAACUUUGAAAACUUUAGAACAUGAUUCUGGCAAUACAUUUAGAUAUGGGAUUGCUGUGGCUCCAGUGACAGAUUAUAGGCUAUACGAUUCAAUUUAUACAGAAAGGUAUAUGCACACGCCUCAGGAGAACCCGAGUGGGUAUGCAGAGUGUAGUGUCCAUAACGUCACAUCAAUUGCACAAUCUACCAGGUUUUUAUUAAUGCAUGGAACCGGUGACGAUAACGUGCAUUUCCAGCACACGUUAAAGCUUUUGGAUAUGUUGGAUCUAGCCGGCAUUGAAAACUACGACGUCCAUGUAUUCACCGAUUCAGAUCAUAGUAUCAGCUUUCAUAAUGCUAACAAUAUUAUUUUUGAUAAGUUGUUGAAUUGGAUUCGCCAUGCUUUCAAUGAUGAUUUUAUUAAUUGGUAA